GGAGUAUUUCCUCAACUUUGUACCUUCCCUACCCUUCCGAAGCUGGAAAUAUUUGCCACAUGACUUCGUCAAGCAUUAAUGAGUUGUUUCGCGUCGAUGGAUUGGUUGCCUUGAUAACAGGCGGUGGCACCGGCAUUGGACUUAUGAUGACGAAAGCCCUUGCUCUUAACGGAGCUAGGAAGGUGUACAUCAGUGGUAGGCGAAGAGAGGUUCUAGACCAAGCUGCAAAGCAAUCCCCACAUGGCAACAUCAUCCCUCUUGUCGCCGAUGUAAGCUCGAAGGAAAAUAUCGAAGCACUUGCAGACCACAUACGAAAGGAUCUCGGUCAUCUUAAUCUGCUCGUUGCCAAUGCUGGCAUAUGGGGCCCUGGGCCAGGGCAGCCUCUUGGUACAAGCCUGCAGGAAGUUCAAGCAGAAGCCAUGAAGACAACUAUGGACGAAUGGGACCAGUGCUUUCGAACAAAUGUUCACGGUUGCUAUUACUCGAUCAUGGCUGUUCUUGAUCUCCUUGAUGAAGGAAAUAAAAGGAAGAACUAUUGCAAUGGCGAGGUGAAGAGCCAAGUCAUUGUCACUGGCAGUAUAGGCGGUUAUUCCCGAAUUGUUGGUGGACGCAACGCCUAUCGCGCUAGCAAGGCUGCAGUAACGCACCUCGCUAAGUGUCUGGCCACAGGCUUCCAAGAAUUCGGCAUCAGAGUGAAUACACUAGCCCCAGGCCUUUUCCCAUCUGAGCUAGCAGCACCGCUAAUUGAGAAGUAUAACGGGUUCGCCGAUGAGGAUGGUAAGAUAGACAGAAAGCGCUUACCGGAGGAGCGAAGUGGGACGGAGGAAGACAUCACCGGAACGAUGUUGUAUCUCGUCUCAAGAGCUGGGGCCUACAAUAAUGGCAAUGUGUGCGUUCUAGAUGGAGGCAUGGUUAGCGUUAUGCCGGCCUCUUACUAGUUCUUCGUUCGUAUAUGUAUC